AUGCAAGCCUCGUCGACGAACCAACACAAUAACCAGCCUCUCGCCGCUGCUUUCAGUGGCGUAGCGUCAACACCGUAUUCUCUCUUCGAGAUCAGACUUGAACGCGAAUUUGUCGUCUUUUGGGGUAGUCGAUAUGAAUCAACGGAUCAACUACUCAAGGGCGUCGUAGUCCUGUGUCUACAGUCGCCGCUCAAGCUCGAUGAAGUCAGACUUCGCCUAGAUGGUACUGUACGCCAUGCAUGGCUAAACGAUCCCGGCGUGGCGCACAACACCAGCAUCAUGAAGCACAAGUGGCCCUCAUUGUUGGAAACAGGUGGCAAGACUAUCACUCUACCAGCUGGCAACUAUGAGUGGCCGUUCGAACUGAUGAUGGCGGGAGACACUUCUGAGAGCCUUGAGGGUAUCCGGGAUGCUUCCAUAACAUAUGGGUUGAGAGCGACUAUCAGCAGAGGCAAGCUUGCUCGGCAUAUCAGUUGCACCAAGAAGCUUCGAAUAAUUCGCACGUUUGCACCAACUGCCCUGGAGUUCAUGCACUCGCUCAGUCUCUUUGUCCCACUGGGAAAUCUCGCGCUUGCUUUUGUGUUCUCUUGUGUAGAUAUAGUGUCUGCUGUGCAUGCUGAACUCCUGAAACUCCACCAAAGUUACGACAAUCUUUUCAAUUUCGAGCCCUUUAACCAGUGGUGUAAAUCGGGUUUCGAGAACUAUCGAGCCGCCGAAUACAGCGGCUUUGGUCGGUAUAGAAACCGAGUAGUCGACUUUGUUGAUCCAUGUCUGCUCGACACUCAUGUUAUGCAUUCAAGACAUAGACACACAAGGCAUCAGGGUCUAUCACAAACUCAAGAUACACAUACCCAUUCGGAAUCAGGACGGGCAUGUCUCGCAUUCAACAUCUUCAUUUCACCGUCCAUCACUCUUGACGACCAAGGCAACUUGAUCGACCAAGCCCCUACUACACAAGGACCACCAAGCGAAUUAAUAGGACCGCCAGUAUAUGGAGAACACAUUCUCGACCAGUUAUACGACAGUCUGGAGGAAUGGCAGAUUCCUGGCCAAGGUAAUUACCAGGGCGAGGGAGACGGGUCUGGUACCAGCACUCCUCACCACACAGACUCGAAUGAGAGUCAGACAUACGAGACCUCCAACACAUUAGAAUCAUCACAGUCAAGCCAGAGCCACAACCCAUCUCGCAGCUCAUCCGAAACUGUAUCUACCGACCCAGAAGAAUUUGCUGAACUUAGCAAAGUUCCGACAUAUCGCACGGCGCUCCGGACUCCGUUGCAACCGCAUACCCAGCAAGGUGGAGCCCUGCCUCCUGAUUAUAGAACAGCCUCUGCAACCUCAGCGACCGAUAGUUGA